AUGUUCGGUGCACUCAAUCGUUUUAUUGGUCGGCUUGAUGGGGAGCCUGUUCAACAAUCCCGCAAUGGACCAAGUGAUAAUGCCUUCGGAUUUCAGGUUCUCCGCAACAAAGACUCAGAGCUACCUUUAGAGCCUUGGUUUGAUUUCAUCGUGGGUAUAAAUGGUCAUACAAUUGAAGACCCAGACCCCAACCUCUUUGCGACGGAAGUUCGCAAUUGCGCAGGAGGAAGCGUGACACUGGAAGUUUGGAGUGCCAAGGGUCAACGAGUACAUAGCUUUAGCGUGCCAGUUCCACCUUCAAACCCCUCCCUCGGUCUUGCAUUACAACUCGCGCCUCUGAACUCAACCCAAAAUAUAUGGCAUGUGCUUUCGAUCCCAUCAUCCUUAAGUCCUGCUUUCCGCGCGGGACUUCUCCCACAUUCAGACUACAUCAUUGGGACCCCAAGUGGGACGCUACGCGGAGAAUCUGCACUCGGAGAGUUAGUGGAGGACCAUCUCGACCGCACCCUAAUCCUCUGGGUUUAUAAUAGUGAAUUUGAUGUUGUCCGCGAGGUAGAGCUUGUCCCAACCCGUGGAUGGGGUGGCGAAGGUGCUGUUGGCGCUGAGCUGGGAUUCGGUGCUUUGCAUCGACUCCCCGUCGGACUAGGAGAGGAGGUAGAGGGGCCCGGAGAGGUCGUUUUUGAAACACGCGAGGAUGGGACAGCCUCACAAAUGCCUGACCCUGCUGCCUCUGGGGUAGGCGCUGAAGCCGCAGGACAAUACCUGGUACCGGCGAAUAUGGCAUCCAUCCCGCCUCUGGCGUCUCAGACUAAAGUGGCCUCCCCAGAGGGUAGAUCACCUUCAAGCCGACGAGGCAAGGCUCGCCAUGCUGCUUCACCGAAUACGGCAUUUGACGACUAUUUUGCAGAAGGCGAACUGAAGAGUAGAGAGCAGGAUUUUGCGCCUUCACGGAAAGGCACUCCUCUUCCCCCACCACCUAAGACUGGGGUCUCACCUACUAAUACAGGGACUCCGGCCCCUGCAACCGAGGAGCUUGUGGAAGGAUCACCAGGGCCAACAGAAGAAGCAUGA